AGCAGUGGCGAAGGCGGCUGUAGCGGCAGCAUGAAGCGGACCCCGACCGCAGAGGAAAGAGAGCGCGAAGCUAAGAAAUUGAGGCUUCUUGAAGAGCUUGAAGAUACUUGGCUUCCUUAUCUGACCCCCAAGGAUGAUGAAUUCUAUCAGCAGUGGCAGCUGAAAUACCCGAAACUAAUUCUCCGCGAAGCUGGCAGCGUACCUGAGGACCUCCAUAAAGAAGUUCAAGAAGCCUUCCUAACGCUGCACAAGCAUGGCUGCUUCUUUCGGGACCUGGUUAGGAUCCAAGGCAAAGAUUUACUCACUCCAGUAUCUCGCAUCCUCAUUGGUAACCCAGGCUGUACCUACAAGUACCUGAAUACCAGGCUCUUUACGGUGCCCUGGCCAGUGAAGGGUGCUAGUACAAAAUACGACGAGGCCGGGAUAGCUGCUGCCUGUCAGACCUUCCUCAAGCUCAAUGACUACCUGCAGAUAGAGACCAUCCAGGCUUUGGAAGAACUUGCUUGCAAAGAGAAAUCUAAUAUCGAUGCCGUGCCGGUGUGUAUAGGUCCAGAUUUCCCCAGGGUCGGUAUGGGGUCCUUUGAUGGACAAGAUGAGCUGGACAUUAAGAACAGAGCAGCAUACAACGUAACUUUGUUGAAUUUCAUGGAUCCCCAGAAAAUGCCAUACCUGAAAGAGGAGCCUUAUUUUGGCAUGGGGAAAAUGGCUGUGAGCUGGCAUCAUGAUGAAAAUCUGGUGGAACGGUCGGCGGUGGCAGUGUACAGUUAUAGCUGUGAAGGUCCAGAAGAGGAAAGUGAGGAUGACCCUCAGCUCGAAGGCAGAGACCCUGAUACUUGGCAUGUUGGUUUUAAGAUCUCGUGGGACAUAGAGACUCCCGGCUUGGCAAUACCGCUUCACCAAGGAGACUGCUACUUCAUGCUUGAUGAUCUCAAUGCCACCCACCAACACUGUGUUUUGGCUGGUUUACCACCUCGGUUUAGUUCCACCCACCGAGUGGCAGAGUGCUCGACCGGAACCUUGGAUUAUAUUUUACAGCGCUGCCAGCUGGCUCUGCAGAAUGUCCGUGAUGAGGCAGACAAUGGUGAUGUUUCUUUGAAAUCCUUUGAGCCUGUAGUUCUGAAACAAGGAGAAGAAAUCCACAAUGAGGUUGAGUUCGAGUGGCUGAGACAGUAUUGGUUUCAAGGCAAUCGAUACAGAAAAUGCACUGAUUGGUGGUGUCAACCCAUGACUCAACUGGAAGGACUGUGGAAGAAGAUGGAAGGUGUGACAAAUGCUGUGCUUCAUGAAGUUAGAAGAGAAGGGGUCCCUGUGGAACAAAGGAAUGAAAUCUUGACCGCCAUCCUUGCCUUGCUCACUACACGCCAGAACCUGAGGAGGGAGUGGCAUGCCAGUGUAGCCAGAUUAAAGGACAGUUUCAACUACAGUGCCAGUCCCGGAUUGCCCGAACUCUGCCUGUGGAUCAGAAGCCGGAAUGUCGGCCGUAUUGGGAAAAGGAUGAUCCUUCGAUGCCUCUGCCAUUCGAUCUCACAGACAUCAUUUCAGAACUCAGAGGUCUGCUUCUGGAAGCAAAACCCUAGAAGGAGCCCAAGUUUUAGGUGGAGGAGGAAAAGGUAGUUUUGGCCUCCUUCCUCUAACCUUGCCACAGGCUCAGGCAAGGGCAGUAUGGGUAGACUUGGCCUUUAGAUUAUAGAACCUGGGUCCCCGUUGGAAAGAGUAGGGAAUGGAGCCCACGAAUAUUAAAAUGUUCAAAGAUGGCACAGUGUUAUAAUCUGAUUUGGUACGAAACAAGAACCUGCCCCCAAAAUACUGUUCCCCACUAGGAUUUUUCAUGGGAGCCAUUCAGCUCCCAAGAGCCAAGGGGUGGGCCCUGUCUAUGGCAGAGCCCAACCUACUUUCCACCUUCCCAAGCCUUUUCAGAGCCUCUAGAAUAGAAGACUCUUAGUCAUCAGGGGGAAGACAGAACCUAUAUGCCGGUCCCCCCAAUUUCUCACCACGCCCUCUAGAGGCUGUGCUGUCCUAUAUGGUAGCCCCUAGCUGGAUGCAGCUUCUUAAAUCCAGUUUCCAUUGUAAUUAAAAAUUCAGUUCCUCAGCUGCUUAGGUAGCCACACAUGUCUGGUGAUUAGCAUAUUGGGCAGCACAGAUGCAGAACAUUUUCACCAUCGUGGAAAGUCCUGUUGGAUAAUGCUUCUAUAAAAAAUUUGAGAGCAGGAAAUUCUCUUCUCCACUUGUCUAUAGCCACCAUCACCAUUGGCAAAAAGAAUGAAAAGAGAAAUGAGUCACUGAAGAGCAGCCACUGUCCUUUCUGUGAGCCAGACCUCAGUAACAGCCCAAGUUAUGAGUUCUGUCCUCUGCCCCUGGGAACGAGGAGGUAUUGGAAAUUAAAAUACACUUGACAUCUGUCGUUGAGAAGUUUCCCUGAUCUAAUGAAAGAGACACAGACCUGUUUGCAUUGCCUCAUGGACUUGGCCCACACAUGCAUUUUUCUAGAAUUCCCCCAUCCAUCCAUGCAUAAUGAAAGGUGGGAUGGAGGCCCGGGGAGUCCCAGUGGCCCAUUCUGAUGAUAUCGGUGCAUGAGAGAGGCGAUGUUUAAUAGAGGUGGAAACCUGGGCUUUGGCUUUGGAGUGUCUGGAUCAAAACAGCGCACUGGCUCUGUGACUUUUGACAUGUCACUGUGCCUCAGUUUCCUUAUCCUUAUGACAGGGUUACUAAAAACACCAACUGACAAAGUGAAUAGUAAAUGGAAUAACCUAGCUACAGGUAUAGAACAAAUUCUGACUGGUAGAUACCUGGUAAAUAUUAGUGUUCUUCUGUAUCUGUAAGCUGACCCGAUGUAGACGUUGGCCCCCACUGCCCUCGUGCCGAUUUUGUCUCGUGAUGCCAUUAACACAUCUCUCCCUUUUUGGCUUGGCCCCUGCCCCAUGGUGACCCUAGAAAUCACGAGAAUAGUUAGCCCCCUGCCCCAGCCCAUCGCCUUCUCUGGUAGUGGUUUACCUGUAGUUUGGAAGCCGAAGAGCUCUUUUGCGCAUUGAGUGCCACACAGAGAACCCGACUCUGUCCCACCGUUAGAAUGUCCCCAGUUCAAGGUAGCGUUCACUUCCACGGAGCCAACCACCGAAAGGCCACAUUACCCAAAGCAGCCAGGGUUUCAUCAUCUGGAGACUCUGUUCUCUCAGACCUUGGAUGAAUCCCCUCAUGUCCUUGAGCCUCAUCAGUAAAAGAGAAAGGAAGUGCUGCCUGCCUCACCAUCCCCGGGCUGUCGUAGAGAUUAGAUGAACUCCUGGAGGUAAGGAGUGUGUGGCACAUAGAAACCACGUUCUAGGCACCAAGGCCGUGUGGCCUGCUCUUGGAUUGAUUUCAUGCCAGAGCUUCUUCUGUGUUACUAUUUCAUGAGGUGCCAAUAUUUAAAAAUUGGGAGAUCUCAUAGAAAAAUUAAAACAUGUGCAUUCUCUUUAGAAUUCAGAACAUCUGGCAGCCCUAGGCCUCCAUCCUGGCAUGGCAACGGGCUAAGUAGCAUCUUCUCACUCUUGGGCAGGAUGUGAGCCCUCCAUGGCCCCCGGUGCUCCCCGUAAUUAUUUAUCAUAAACCCGACCCCUCACUGUCAGCACUCUCCAGAGCUGCUUGCUUGCACCCCUACCGUAGAAAUAGGUAAUCAUGGUUAGUGCUUUCCCUAAUGUGUGUGUUUUACUAUUGAGCUAUAUUUGUGGACUACUUGUAGUAAUAUGUCUUGUACGUCACUCAUAAACAAUAAAAAUAUUAAAAAGAUAUGUAAGAAACUGA